AUGAGCAGCAUUAGCGCAGCUGUGCUCACGUCCGUCCUGCUCGUCUUCGAAACGGCAUCGGGUAAGGAUGCAUCAACGGCGUCGGCUGCAAUAACAGGACGUAAACUUUGGGAGCAUACAUUUCUACCACGAGGCUCCAGACGGACUCAUACUCACGGAAAACCCAAGUCCGAUUACUACGGUCUCGAGGAUUGGGAAUUGGACGUUUGCAAAAAGAUAUCGCACGUGCUUCGAAAAGAGUGGGGCGCAAGACCGCCCAAGGCUGAAAACUAUCUCCGCGUAAAUGGUGGCGUUUCUUAUGUGUUUUAUCAUCACACUGGACGAGAACAGUGUUUUUCUAAUAAAACAUGUUCCCAAAUAAUUUUGAAAUGGCAGUUAGUGCACCAGAAAACUCAAGGAUGGGAUGACAUCGGCUACAACUUUAUAAUUGGGAGCAACGGAAUGGUGUUUGUGGGCCGUGGCUGGAAUAAGAUUGGAGCCCACACAGUGGGCUUCAACAACAAGUCCGUGUCUUUUGGUUUCGUCGGAGACUACUCACGCCAAGUUCCCAAUGAUCUUAUGCUACAGGCCGCCCAGAACCUCAUUCAAUGUGGCAUUAAGUUGGGGAAAAUCAGAGCUACAUUCUCCCUACACGGCCAGUCGGAUGCAAACUGCAGGGACUGCCCAGGAAAAGCCUUCCAUGCCUCGAUGAAACGGAUGCCCCACUUCGGAGGUAGACUGCCAGGCUACAUAUGUACUCCUAGCCCGUGGAAUUAAAUAAAGAAGACUAUGCGUUCUGUU